AAGAAAGAAAAAAAAAAAAAGACGAAAAGAUCGGUCUUUAUAUACAUUACUGCUAUUUAAUAAAGAGUCUUUAAUUUAGCAAACGAAAAUGAUGUUAUAUAAGCUUGUUGUUCUCGGUGAUGGUGGUGUUGGAAAGACUGCGCUUACAAUUCAGCUCUGUUUAAAUCAUUUUGUUGAGACUUAUGAUCCUACUAUUGAAGACUCAUAUCGUAAACAAGUCGUUAUUGAUGAUCAGCCUUGUAUUUUAGAAGUAUUAGAUACAGCAGGACAGGAAGAAUAUACAGCAUUAAGAGAUCAAUGGAUUCGAGAUGGUGAAGGAUUCCUAUUGGUUUAUUCAAUUACCUCUCGUUCAACUUUUGAUCGUAUUGAACGCUUUCGUGAUCAAAUAUUUAGAGUAAAAGAUGUUGAUAAUGUGCCUUUAAUGCUUGUUGGUAAUAAAUGUGAUAAAGUAACAGAAAGAGAGGUAACAAGAGAUGAAGGAUAUGCAACAGCAAAAAGAUUAGCUUGUGAUUUUAUUGAAACAUCUGCAAAGACAUGCGUCAAUGUUGAAAGAUCGUUUUAUCAAGUUGUCAAAGCAAUUCGUGCUCAGAGAGAAGGUUUUCGUGCAGGUCCAAAAGGGAAGCCUAAAAAGGAAAAAAAGAGUAAAUGUUUAAUUUUGUAGUCAUAAUCUUAAUUUGAAUAUGUAGUUAAUACGAUUAUUAUUAAAAGAAUUUAUUUAUUUAAAAAAUAAAAUAAAGUAAAAAAU